GCAUUUGACAACUUGAGUGGCUGAAAACUAUAUCAAUUUCGUUCUCUGGGCAAAACAAAUCAAAUUAAUCAACCAUCCAAAAUUUCUCUCAAAUCGAAGAUAAACAAAAUAAAUUAAGCAAAAUCCCACAGUUUUCUACAAUUAUUCAAACGAUUUUUAAAUUCUCAAAUCCGAUCCCAUGGCUUCUCGUAGGCGUAUGCUUCUAAAGGUCAUAAUUCUCGGUGACAGCGGGGUUGGGAAGACAUCUCUAAUGAAUCAGUAUGUUAAUCGUAAGUUUAGUAAUCAGUACAAAGCGACGAUAGGAGCCGAUUUUUUGACAAAAGAGGUUCAAUUUGAAGAUAGAUUGUUUACAUUGCAGAUAUGGGAUACUGCAGGGCAGGAAAGGUUUCAAAGUUUAGGUGUGGCUUUCUACCGUGGUGCUGAUUGUUGUGUACUUGUGUAUGAUGUGAAUGUCAUGAAGUCCUUUGAUAAUCUUAACAACUGGCGGGAAGAGUUUCUGAUUCAGGCCAGUCCUUCUGACCCCGAAAACUUUCCAUUUGUGGUGUUGGGAAACAAGGUUGAUGUUGAUGGUGGCAACAGUCGAGUGGUUUCUGAAAAAAAAGCAAAGGCAUGGUGUGCUUCAAAGGGAAACAUACCAUACUUUGAGACCUCUGCAAAAGAAGGAUUCAAUGUUGAUGCAGCAUUUGAGUGCAUAGCUAAAAAUGCUCUCAAGAAUGAACCUGAAGAAGAAAUAUACCUUCCUGAAACCAUUGAUGUUGCUGGCGGAGGACGGUCACAGAGGUCUACAGGGUGCGAAUGUUAAAUGAGUCUUUCAGAUGGGGCUCUUUUGAUCAGGGUGCUAAACAGGUGCCAUGGAUUUCUCAUAUCCAUCAGUCAAUGGUGCAGGUUCUGAAAAUGAAUAAACCAGGGAUGAUUAUACUCCUAUAAGGUCGGAUUUUUGUAUCAUAAGUUGGUUAGAAAAGAAAAGAUGAGGUGAUCCUCUCCUUUUGUUGAAUUCUUUUCAUUUAGUACAAGAAAUUGAUUGUUCAUUAGUCCUCCUGCUAAAAGGUGACUGUACCAAGGUUCCUGUGUCAUGAUCACUGAUAUUCUGUUGUAAUAAAAUAUGGAGCCUCUCUUUCUGUUGUAUU